AACUAACCAACAAAACAAAAAAGCUUCAAUCUUUGAAUGAAUGGUCUCUUUCUUCUUCUUCUUCUUCUUCUCCUUCUUCUUCAUUCCUUCUCUCUCUCUCUCUUCUUUCUCUCUCAAUCAAAUCCAACCCAGAAACGAAACUUCUCACUUCAUCAUCAUCAUCUUCAUCCUUAUCCAUUAAAUCACUACAAAAAGAAGAAAAACCCAUUUGAAUGAAACUAAAGUUGACGCCUUUAUCACCUUCUCAUGUCUUCUUGUCUUCUCUCCAAACUCCACCAUGGAUUUCACGGUACUCAUUCUUCUUCUUCUUCUUUUUCCCAAUUUAAUUUCUGGGUUUUGAUUAUUUUGUAUGAAUGAAUGAAAAAAAAACAGAGAUCGAGCUCUUUAACAGCGGGAGAACGGAUCUGUGCGGCUUUUUUACCAUUCGUUGCCAUUGUUGAGGUUUUCAUAUUAGCCAUAGUCGAUUGCUUCGAUUGUCGCAGGUCUAUUCCCAAUAAGAAAUUUAUUUACCAUUUUGAAGAUCUAACUCGUCUUGCUGAUGAGACCAGAUUUUCUGUGAAUGAAGUUGAGGCUUUGUAUGAACUCUUUAAGAAGCUGAGUAGUUCAAUCAUUGAUGAUGGUUCUAUUCACAAGGAAGAGCUUCAAUUGGCACUGUUCCAAACCCCAUAUGGUGAAAAUCUUUUCCUAGACCGGGUUUUUGAUCUUUUUGAUGAAAAGAGAAAUGGUGUUAUUGACUUUGAAGAAUUUGUACAUGCACUCAGUGUCUUUCAUCCCUGUGCACCUAUAGAUGAAAAAAUUGAUUUUGCAUUCCGGCUAUACGAUCUGAGACAAACUGGAUUCAUUGAGAGAGAAGAAGUUAAGCAAAUGGUAGUUGCAAUAAUGAUGGAAUGUGAUAUGAAAUUAUCAGAUGAUCUUCUUGAAGCCAUUAUUGAUAAGACAUUUGCUGAUGCUGAUGCAGAUAAGGAUGGUAAAAUCAACAAAGAAGAAUGGAAAGCAUUCGCUGUUCGAAAUCCCGCCCUUUUGAAGAACAUGACUCUUCCUUACUUGAAGGACAUCACCACAGCAUUUCCAAGCUUCAUCUUCAACACUGAGGUUGAAGACUGAUCAUUUUUUUUUACCGGGAUUUCGCUCGGUUGAAACCACUAGUUUAAAUCGGAGAAACCUUGCCAUUCUUCCCUGUAACUGAGGCUGCAUUGUGUUGCCUUAUCAGGUCUAUUUAAUCAAAUUUUGUAUAUGAAUUCAUGUCAUAUUCUUAGAUUGUACAACAUGUAAUUUUUCUUUCUUUUUCUCUUGAUUUUGUGAAAAAGAACUUGCUAAUUUACCUAAGGUAAUUUUGUUUGAUAUUUGUAAAUUUUACUAUUAGGUAUGGUGAUUGUUCUAUUAUGAUUCUAAAGACAAUCUUUAGUAAAUUUAAGAAAAGAUUAGUCAUUUUUUU